AUGUCCUCUCUGUCAGGUAAAAUGUURACAUUUCCAAWGGAGUCUGACAUUGAUCAUGUGAGGCUACUGACAAAAAGUGAGAAAUAUUCUUCUGUGACAUAUGAACCUCUUAAAUAUAUUUCACAGAUGUCAAGAGGGUGUUCUCUCUUCUCCAUGGCAACUCCAACAAGCACCAAUGACUUUGUAUUGUUCAAAGAGUCCAAUGGUGCCAUGGAGCUACCUGUCAGAUAUGUGGGAAGUGCARUCACAGGGCUGCCAGGCAAGCAGAACAUGUGGAUGUCUCUGUGUGGGAGCUGGGACUCCGCCACGGGACUCAGUCAGGUUUGGAUCAAUGGGAAGCCAAGUGCAAGGAAGCUGGGAUACACAGCGGGGAGUGGGGUGAAUGGAAAACCCAUAAUAAUCCUAGGUCAGGUGCAGGAUGCUUAUGGUGGAACGUUCAAAACAAGGGAAAGCAUUACUUUCCUAAAGUAA